AUGAGAGAAGAAGCGGUGUGUGAUGUGGUGGUGGGUUUCGAGAUGGCUGAGACGACGACGUUUCUGAGCAACAGAUACUGGGAAAAUGGUACGCGCCCAGAAUAUCAAUUGGCGCCAGAAGGUGUGAGUCAGGCACAGUUGGCUGGGCAAUUGUUCCAAAAGGUACUUGAGGAAAAUAACGUACCGAUUGAAAAUGUUUGCAUUUGCUACUCUCCGUUUUCGAGAACAACUCACACUGCUCAAGUAGUUGCAUCUGUCUUGAACGUUCAAUUUGAGGGUGCUCAAUGUAAGGUGAUGGAAAAUCUUCGUGAACGCUCCUUUGGUCCUUCAUAUGAGCUUCUGUCACAUGAUAAAUAUCACGAUAUAUGGGCUCUUGAUGAGAAAGAUCCAUUCACCAAGCCAGAAGGAGGAGAAAGUGUCAAUGAUGUUGCGUGUAGACUUGCAGAAGCUAUUGCAACUUUGGAGUCACAAUUUCAAGGGUGCACCAUCUUAGUUGUUAGUCAUGGCGAUACCCUACAAAUCUUGCAGACAAUCCUGAAUGCUGCUAAGCUAAAUGCGGGAUCCAGUUACAAUGACUUGGCAUCGAGAAUUCAAGCAGUUCAAACCCCUCCCGUCCUGUCACAGCACCGAAAAUUUUCCCUGCUUACUGCAGAGCUCCGGGCAGUUGUAUGA